AUGGUUGAUGCUGAUUACUGUUUUAUUUACAUAGACGUAGGUGCAAAUGGACGAGCAAGCGAUAGUGCAAUAUUUAGAGAUAGUACGUUGAACAUUGCAAUGAAAACUAAGACUCUUGGCUUGCCUGAAUAUGGCGUUAUUAUUGGAGAUAAUGAUUUCUCUUUGAGGAGAAAUCUCAUGAAACCGUACAGUAAAAUAGGUCUUAGUGCUGUCGAAAAAAUAUUUAAUUAUAGUCUUUCCCGUGCCAGACGAGUCGUAGAAAAUGCCUUUUGCAUACUAGUAUGGCGAUUCAGAAUAUUUUCGAGACCGAUUGAUUUGGCGCCGGAAAACAAUAGAUAA